AUGCAUACAUUUUCUAACCCUGUGCAAGGCAAAGUAUUCGCUCGAUUAGAAGGACGAUCUCUAAAUGAUCGACCAAUCUACGAACUUGAAGGGCCCGGACGCGAGUAUUUCCUGUACUACUACUCGACAGCAACGGAUAACUUCUGGCUUAUAAGCGAUCAAAUCAACACGCUCCAGGUCAACGGCUACAGUUUCGAGCAGCAACUCUGCCCGCAAGAUAUGCACAUAAGAAGUUCAAUGUCUGGUGCUUGGAAGUGGGCCUGGGCAAGCUGUGCUAAUGCACCGAGAUUUGGUGAAUGGUCUGAAUGGGAUUCCUGUCAAGCUGACCGCCGCGGCAACUGUUCAAGAAAGCGACUCAGAUUUUGCAAAGGAGGCCAGGCUGGUUACGCGGUAGGCUGCCCCGAAGGACAGAACGUCGAGUCCGAAUCCUGCAACUGCCUCGGAUUCGAGCCAGAGGCCGUUUCCGCCCCUGGCGCAAAGGAAGUAUCUAGCAUCGCCUGGGGCGGGUGGGGAGCCUGGAGCGGUUGUUCACGCUCUUGUGGCGCCGGAAUGCGCAGGAGAAAUAGACUCUGCGAUGGAGGUUUUAUCGGGCAAGGCUCGUGCUCCCGUUUUGAUAAUAUUGAAACUGAACAGUGUAACACGCACACUUGCCCUGGCUGGGCGAAUUGGGGCGCUUGGGAAGGAUGUAGCAAAACUUGCGGCCACGGACAACAGCGUCGAACACGGGAAUGCGAGGGCGCACAGGUAGGAAGUUCUAGUUGCCCAAAGAAGGACGAGCAAGAUUUCCAAUUCUGCGGAGGUCUUCCUUGCCCUAGCUGGAGUGGCUGGGGAAUCUGGUCCCCAUGCUCGAGCACCUGCGGUCAAGGCCACCGAGCACGAUCCAGAGGCUGCCUUUACGCAAGUAUCGGAAGUUCGGAAUGCCCAGCUGCAGAUGCCGCUGAAAUGGAAACGUGCACAGAGAAAGCUUGUGCCAAUAAUGUGAAAAAACCAACGGCAGCGGCAAGCAUGCUCGGUUCUUGGACUUCGUGGAGUUCUUGCAGCGUCAGUUGUGGAGGAGGAACCCAAGAACGGAGCCGAUCCUGCUCUGGAAGAAAGCCUCAGUGUCGUAAGUUCAUUACAGCCGAAUCGAGAAGCUGCGGUGAAGAAGAAUGCCCGGUCGCACUUGGCUGGGCGGACUGGACAGCUUGGACUCAGUGCAGCGCUAGCUGCGGAGAGGGACAACAAACGCGUACACGAUCCUGCCCGGAUGGCGAAACUUGUCAAGGAACUGCUCAACAAAGCCAGCAGUGUUCUAAUCAAGAUUGCCCCAAAGCAGCGGUGGAAGAAGCACAAGCUGCUGGUUGCAAAAUUGAAGCACAGUAUAAAUACGGUCUAUGCAAGGGCGCAAAUAAGAAGAAGGCCGUCAUCAAGAACGGAUUUUAUCCAGAAGGGACUCAGUGUGGAAGAAUUUUCUGCGACAAGGAAUGGUUCAGAUUCAAUUUUUUCAAGUACGAGCUUUUCUGGAAAGCAUCUUUUUUGCGGUAA